CCGGCGAGCGGCCCUUUCCGGCAGUGGGCGGGACGGUGCGGCCCCGGCGGCCCGCGGCAGGCGAGCCCGGCCAUGCAGGCGGAGCGGGGCGGCAGCCGGCCCCGCAGGGAAGGGGCCCGGCACGGCCGGCGGCGGCCCGGCGGCGCGCCCGAAGCGGCGACCGAAGGAGGCGGCGGGGACGGCCACGGGCGCGGAGGAGGCGGGGGCCGGGGAAGAGGCGGCGCUUACGGGCCCCGCGGAGGCGGGGGCCGGGGCAGGCGAGAGCCUCGAGGCCGCGGGGCAGCGCCGCCGCCCAGCGCCCAGCAGCAGCGGCGGGUAGAGGAGGAUGAUGAUACCGAAUCACGGCAUGAAGAAGAGAAGGAAGAAGUGAAAUGCUAUUCAAGAAGAAAGGUAUUUUCUAACUGGAGCCGCUAUGAGGAUACAGAAAAAGAGGGACAGAGUGAAGCUGGGGAGUCACAGAGAGGAACAGACUUCAGUGUUUUGCUUAGCUCGGCAGGAGAUUCCUUUACACAGUUUCGAUUUGCUGAUGAGAAAGAAUGGGAUAAAGAAAGUAUAUGCCAUAAGCAGUUCUCUGCACUUUCUGUUGACUGCCAGUCUUUGGUCCAGGCCCUUCAGGAAUUGCCUCUGCAUCUGAGGCUGAAUGUAGCUGCUGAACUUGUGCAGGCAUCAACACCUCUAGAGAUCCCACAGAUGAAAUCUAAAAUUUUUGAGGAUGGGAAGAAGAGAGAGCAGCUGUUUCGACAGUCUCUGGCUCAAAGUGAAACUGGGUUGGUCUCCCAUCCUGUUGGUAAUUCUAUUGCUCCAUCGGAACCUGGGAGUAAAAAUGGCUCUAGGGCAAAUGCAAGACAAUCAUUUCAAAGCAUCCAUUCACUACCAAAUCAAGACACUGACCAUUUGGAUGAAGAACUAGAUCUUCUCCUGAAUCUAGAGGCUCCCAUUAAUACAGAAAAUAGACCUGCGUCCGGUACAUUAUCCUGCAGCAUAUCAACUGAGAAAGAUUCAAAAAUUGAUUGUAAGGAAAAUGAGCCUUUAAAAGUAGAUAUGCCUGAAGAGAAAAGCACAUCAUCACAGCAGCAGCAAAGUGCAUCAAAAGAUGUUACUGAAGAAGAGCUUGAAGAUUGGCUGGACAGCAUGAUCGCCUGAAGCUCAAAUUUCCUCAUAUGAAUAAUUGAAUAUAGCAAACACUACUUGAAUCUUUCUUUAUCUCCUUGUUAUUUUCUUUCUCUGUCUGCCAAAUGCCUGUUUUUCUUUGCUGGCACUUAAAAUUUUGUGCAACCAAAAUUAAUCUAGAUGAGAUUAAAAAUUGUUGAAGACUAAUGUUAUUAUUAGAAAGUUCUAAAAUUUGUGAUGAAGUUAGAGUUUUCUUCACUAAAGAAGCAGGCUACAGUGCAGAAAGAGAACAAUUAUUUCAGCUUGUGCUUGCUCUAUGUAAUCCUUAAAAUAAAGUUGUGGAUGAGCAAUGAA